AUGAAGCCGCGAUUAAACAAUCGAGUGAAGGGGAAUUCGUACUAUGAAUACUCCAUCAAGCAUGGGAGGUACGACAUCGACCAAGCGGUGGCGUACAUAGAGAGGAGCUCCUUCUUCAGGAGCUGCGGCGGGGCGGGGCGUGGAGGCAGUGACAGGGAUAGCAAUUCAGAUAGCAAUUCAGAUAGCAAUUCAGAUAGCAAUUCAGAUAGCAAUUCAGAUAGCAAUUUAGAUAGCAAUUUAGAUAGCAGUUUAAAUAGCAGUUUAAAUAGCAAUUCAGAUAGCAGUCACGAUGAAAGCCGCAACAAUAACCGCAGGGGCAGAAAGGAGCCCACCCUGCAACGGAAACUCCUGCGCCUGAUGCGGGAGGAGAAGAAGUACAUGCGGAACGGCACCCACAAGGAGAGAAGGCCACUGAAAUCGAAAGGACGAUCGAAGGACCAUGAUAGGGACCACCACGAAGGAGGCGAAUCGGGGCUUAUGUACGUGCAUGAUACGUGCGAACAAAUUCUAAAUAGCGGAAAAGCAUUCAGCCAAAACACAGACAGGUACAUCGUUAUGAACGGAAGAAACCAAAUAAAAAAAAUAAGUCUAAACGAAAUGAACGAACUUAUUACAGAAAUUAUCUACACAACAAUGACAAGGGACAAUUUGGAAAAUAGCCUCUUGGAUCUUCUAGGAGAAGAACACAUUGACUUUAUAUUUAAUAUUAUUAAAAACAAGGAAAGCAUAAGAAGAGAUAUCAAGCUGUUAAGCAAGUAUGUAGAUGUAAAGGAAAAAGUUCUCGCAUCGAAUUUCUUCAUAACUGAUAAAACAACAGACGGAAUUAACAACAGAAAAAAUAUUCUAAUAAAAAAGGAAAACAUUGAAAAAAUUGUAGAUUUCUUUUUAUAUACAUUAAAAGAAAACAAUUUUGGAGAUGUAAAAAAGAUUUACAUACCUAAUGAAGAAAACAAGUUGGAAGAAAUCCAGGUGCCCAGAAAUACCUCCUACUCAUAUACAGAUAAUGUUACCAAAGUGAGGAUUAACAGAUUGGAAAAUUUUCAAUUCAGUAAAGACGAAUUAGUUCCUGUGACUGUGUUACCCUUUUGGCACAGAUACAUUUUCGAAUUUGAACAUUUUAAUUAUGUACAAUCCAAAGUUUUUAAGGCUGCUUUUCAGACGAAUAAGAAUUUACUCGUCUCCGCACCUACUGGCUGUGGAAAAACGAACAUCGCCUUGCUAGUCAUAUUGCAGCAGAUUUGCCUCUUCUGCGAGCAGAACGGAAUCAGCCUGGAGAGGAUUGCCCAGGCUUACCUGGUUCGCACCGGUGAGGGGGGGAGCACCCAGGAGGUUCGCCGUCCAGACGUACAUCAUGCGGAGCGCAAGGGACAGAUGAUCGGUGAUCCCCCGGAAGGGGAAUUCCCAAGUACGGACCAGCCAAAUGAAGACGCCACAAAUGAAGACGUCACAAAUGAGGACCUCCCAGUUGGGGACCUCCCAGUUGGGGACCUCCCAGUUGGGGACCUCCCAGUUGAGGAUCUCCCAGUUGGGAACCCCCUGGAGGAGGACCCCAUGAAUGAGGAUCCCCCAAGCGACGAGGGCGCCAGCGACCACGCACCCCCGCGCGGUGGAAACUCCAUAAGCGCAAAAGAAUUCAAAAUCAUUUACAUAGCUCCGAUGAAGUCGCUCGUCUUCGAAAUAACCAACCUGUUCCAAAGAAAGCUAAAAAUUUUUAACCUAAAGGUUUGCGAAUACACAAAGGAGCACAGCCUGACCUCCAAACAGUUGGAGGGAGUGCAUAUAAUAGUAACGGUCCCGGAAAAGCUAGAUAUCCUUCUAAGAAAUAGCAGUUACUCCACCACGGUAUCUGACGAAUCAUUAAUUAAGCACAUCAAAUGCCUGAUCCUUGAUGAAGUACAUCUACUAAAUACAGACAGAGGUGAUGUUAUCGAAACGAUUGUUGCUCGAUUUUUGAGAUACUCGGAAACGUCACAGUCGGUUAGGAGAAUAAUGGCCAUGUCAGCCACGCUCCCAAAUUACAACGACGUGAGGGACUUUCUAAAAGUGGAGAAGGACAUGUGCUUCUACUUCAACGAAAGCUAUAGAUCCAUCCAGCUCGACAAAACGCUGUACGGAAUACAUGAAAAAAAUAUGAACAAGUUGAAUAUAGCAAAAAAUAUAUAUGCCUAUGGCGAAAUUAUAAAUGCCUUGAAGAAAGACAAGCAGUGCAUCAUCUUUGUAUGUUCAAGAAAUGACACCAAUAAAACUAUACAAUUCCUCAUAGACUAUGCUGUGAAAAAUGGAGAGAUUAAUUAUUUCGUUAAUAACCUCUACACAGAUAGCGAUAUAAAUAAGAGAAUUAAAAAAUCGAAUAACAUGUAUGUGAAGCAGUUUUAUGAAUUCGGAUGCUCCAUACAUCACGCAGGCAUGUCGAGAUUUGACAAAAUAUUGGUGGAAGAUUUAUUCAAGAAAAAGGCUUUCAACGUAUUAUGCUGCACAUCGACCUUAGCAUGGGGAGUUAACCUACCUGUGCAUACCGUCAUCAUCAAAGGUACAAACUUUUUUUCCUCAGAAAGCGGAAAAAUGGAAGAUAUGGAUAUUCUCAAUAUUAACCAAAUAUUCGGAAGAUGCGGUAGACCGCAGUACGAAGAUCACGGACAUGCUAUCCUCAUAACAGAGAGGACAAAACUAUACAAGUAUAUAAAACUAUUAACCAAUAAUACCAUCAUUGAGUCAACCUUUUUAAAAAAUAUAGAAAAUCACUUAAACGCAGAAAUAAGCAUAGGAACAACCAAAAAUGUAGAGGAUGGUAUCAAGUGGCUGGAAUAUACCUACCUGUAUGUGAGAAUGCAAAAGAACCCCAAUCUGUACGAUGCCGACCUAACCACAGACAUUCAUUUGUACAACAAAAGAAAGGAAAUUAUACUAAAGGCUAUUCAAAACUUGAGUGAGAAUAAAUUAGUAAGGAGAGUAUUCCUCACCAACGACUUUAUCGGAACCUUCUAUGGACACAUAGCAGCCAAGUACUAUGUGGAUUAUCAAACCAUAGGAAUUUUCGCGGCAAACAUUGACAGAAGUAAUUACGUAGAAAUUAUUGACGUUAUCAGCAAAUCAAAGGAAUUCGAAAAUAUACAAAUUAGAAAUGAAGAUAUGAAAGAUUUUAUGUGGUUAAAAAGUAAAUGUGAAAUAAGCGAACAAUACGAUGAAUCAAAGUGUAUGACACUACGAAUAUUGAUCGAAUCAUACCUCAGAAGGAUACAAAUAAAUAAUUUUUCUCUCAUUUGUGAAAUUAACUAUGUGAUACAAAACAUUAUCCGCAUCCUAUAUGCUUACUACGAAAUAUGCCUUAAUAUUUUGAAGAAUAUUUCCAACUUGAUUAUGAAUACCCAUAAUCUUAUUGUAUCUAUUUUGAGGAGACUCCCCAUCAACUGUUGCGUCUUCAGGCACUUCUGCUACAAGAAUGAGUUACUGGAAAAGAAGAAUUUGACAUUUUCUAGCCACAACGCCAAAGAUAAGAAAAACAGAAACGAUCCCACAGAAGAUAAUGCAGCUUCUAACCCAAACCAUCUUCUACCCUACAGAGGGAAGUACGUAAAUCCGGCAGAAAUGUUGGAAGAGCAACAAUACGGUAAUAAUCAUGAUUCAUAUGAUACACCACAGGGAAGGUAUCGGAAGAACCAGAACUACACCGUGUAUUUAAAAGAAUCUGUGGUGAACAUUUUAGAAAAGAAAAAACUAACACAUGAAUCUAUCGACACGUUAACGAAAAGCGAACUCCUUUUCUUUCUAAGAAAUGAAGUCUACACCAACCAAAUUUUGUACUACAAGAAUGUAAUUCCAAACUUACACAUCGAUGGAUACAUUCAGCCCAUAACCCAGACGAUCAUGAAAAUAAAUCUCCAGGUGCAACUCAUAAAUACUAUUUGGUCAGAUCAGUGGAAUGAUCUUCAGGAGAAUUUUCAUCUUUUCCUUUUGAACACAUUGAAUAAUGAUAUUUUAUAUUUCCAAAAAUUUUCUAUUCAUAAGAAAGACAGGAAAAAAAUCCAUGAUAUUUCUUUCGAAUUUCCCAUAUCGAAUCAAAUGCCCCCGCAAAUCACAGUCCAAUUUUUAUCCAUGAAUUGGUGCAAUUUGUCCUACGUCCAUAUUUUCAAUACAAAUAACUUAUUCAUUAAUCAGAAGAUUAAUAUAUUUUCCGAAAUCUUUCCGGUCGUUCCACUAUCCACGCAAAUUUUGAGAAUUCCUAGCUACAUCAAGUUCUUUUCCUUCCGAUACUUCAACCCUAUUCAGACGCAGAUGUUCCACGCCACGUUCCACACGGACGAGAACAUCCUCCUGGGGGCUCCUACAGGAAGCGGCAAGACCGUCAUCGGAGAGCUGUGCAUCCUGAGGAACCUGUUGCACCAUGAACGGGAAAAAUCUGUGUACAUAUGCCCCAUGAAAGCCAUUGUAAAUGAGCGGUACAAAAGUUGGGCGAGCAAAUUUAAAAACCUGCUAAACAAAAACGUAAUUGAACUGACAGGAGAUAAGAACGAAAAUAAAGAAAACAUCGUAGACAGUGACAUAAUCAUAUGUACACCAGAAAAAUUAGAUGUUAUAUCCAGAAAUUGGAAAAACAAAAAAUUCAUCAAAAACGUUAGUUUGAUAAUUUUUGAUGAAAUACAUUUACUGGGUCAGGAAAACAGAGGAGGUGUCAUUGAAAUAUUAAUUAAUCGUUUUAAAAAUAUGGAACAAUAUUUGAAUAAAAAAAUAAGACUUGUUGGAUUAACCACCGUCAUAACGAGUGUGGACGAUUUGGUUUUAUGGCUCGAUGUGAAAGAAAAUUAUCUUUUUAAUUUCCCGUCCUCUUGCCGUAUAGUACCGUGUAAAACGCACAUUCUAGGCUUCACCCAAAAGGCAUACUGCGCAAGAAUGUCAGUAAUGAACAAAAACGUCUUCGAUGCUAUUAACCAGUAUGCACAAUCCAAAAAUGUACUUAUAUUUGUUUCUUCCAGAAGACAAACGAGAGUUACCGGAUAUGAUAUUAUUUCUCUCAACCUCAGUUCCCACAAUCUUAACUUUUUGCAUACAGAAAAUUUGCUGAAUGAUAAGAGCCACAUUCAGUUUUUACUUAACAGUAGUAAAAAAAAGGACGGAAAAAAGAAAAAAAAAAAAAAAAGACCUGCAACAGAUGAGGAGGAAACAAGUAAGCGCCAAGGACGUCGUCGCACUUAUGACGAUGGAAACCAUUAUGACAGUGACAGUGGUGAAGAAGAAUCAAACGAUGUGCUAGAUUUUACCUCCCUAAUGAGCAAAAACCUAUCUGGAGAAGAAAAAACGCAAGUAGCCAACAUGCUCUUCCAAAACUACUUGAACAUAAUAGAGAAUGAACACUUGAAAGAUUUGCUCAGGUACGGAAUAGGAAUCCAUCACGCUGGGUUAAACGAAAAUGACAAAAAUAUUGUAGAAUAUUUUUUCUUAAAUAAAAUAAUUCAAAUACUUAUAUGUACAUCCACCUUAGCAUGGGGAAUUAACCUUCCAGCUUAUCUAGUAAUCAUAAAAGGAAAUGAAUUCUACGAUGCCAAAACGAAAAAGUACAAGGAUAUUUCAUACACGGAUUUACUACAAAUGAUUGGUAGAGCUGGCAGACCACAAUUUGACGACAAAGCUUUAGCUAUAUUGCUAGUUCAAGAAAAAAGAAAAAACGCAAUCAAAAAUUUUCUCUAUCAUCCUAUGAAUAUAGAAUCCAAUAUUAUUGAAAAUCUAAAUGAACACAUCAAUGCAGAAAUCUGUUCCAAAGUUAUAAACAACAAAGAAGAUAUUUUUAACUACCUUACAAAGUCCUAUUACUUUAAAAGGCUUUUUUCCAACCCCUCUUACUACAUCAAAGAUGUACAAUAUGUCCAACUGUUUGAUAAUAAUAUACUCUCUAAUCAGGCCAAGAAAGUUAUAUAUGAGCAUGUGAACAAAAUUAUCGAUAGCACAAUCAGCUUUUUAGAAAACAACAAGUGUAUACAAGUCACUAUGGAGGAUUACAUGCAAAGUUAUUACUCAACCCCCCUCGGGCAUAUUGCCUCCGUGUACUACCUGAAAUGUGAAACGGUGUCUUUCUUCUACAAAAUGGUUGAAAAGAGUUGUACAAAUUGUUAUGCUAUGGAUGAAGAAGAUGAUGUGGAAGAAAAUCACAGGGAAGAUCUCCAAAAUGGCAAUGGUGUGGUCGAUCCGGGGGAGGCAGGCAUGGACUUGCAGGAAGGCACCAAGAGGGAGGUAAUAAGCGGCGAGAUGCAUAACGUGAAAAGCGAAACACCGGAGGAAGAUCACUCUGUAGAGGAUAAAGCAACCACCCUCGACCACCCCGACAAAUCUCAUCGUCGCCACCGUGCACAGGAAAAGGAACUCGACUUUUACGGGCUGUUCGCACUCAUCGCACAGGCCAGGGAGUUUGAUGAUGUCCCCCUGAGGCACAACGAAGACCAAUACAACGUGAAGCUGAGAAACCAAAUUCCCCUAGACAUUGACAUGAAUAUGAAAAAUAUCAAAACAUACCUCCUGCUCCUCUCCCGUUUGUACGAAUGCACCUACGAAACGGUAGACUAUCACAUCGACUUAAAAUUAGUCAUGGACCAAAUAGCAAGAGUAAUUAAUGGCUUCAUUGAUAUAUGCUUACUUUUUGGCAAGUAUAAUUACAUAAAAAAUUUGAUCCUCAUAUAUCAGUGUAUUAACCAGAAAAUUCAGCCCACCCAAAAUUCCCUCUAUCAGAUUAAGGACAUAAAUAAUAGCCAGCUAGCCAAAUUGGAAGAAUUGCAAAUAAAAAAUUUAAAUGACCUACUAAAAUUUGAUAAAUCCUUUUUAUAUUCACUUAACAUUUUCCAUACCUCUCAGUUGGAUUUUAUUUUUAAAAUUCCCUCACUAACUAGCAGUGUCAAAUUAUUUUACAAAAAUGUUAAUCCUAGUAAUGAGGUCGCGGAAAAGAAAAACAACUUUGUUAGCAUUCCUUGUGUAAAUCAUCUAAAAAAUGAAAAUAAAUUUGUUUUUAAGAUGAAACAUCAUGAUCCGAAUGAAAUUAUCAUUAGAGUUUUUUUUUGUUUUUUUAAUAAAGUAUCGCGGGAUUCAAAUUCGAGUGCCUCCUCCGGUGCAAAUGUGCAGUGGUACGCCAUCCUGCACGAUUGUGCGCAAGACGAAUCGGUUUCUAUCAAGCGCUUCAACAAUUCGGCACUAAAGAGAACAUCAUCCGUCUCAUUCACUUUGGAAGACCUAGUCCAGGGGAUCUACAAUUUUUCCGUGUACGCACAUAGUGACACUUACUACGGACUAGACCACCAGGUACACAUUCAACUUUCUGUUGAAUAA